AUGCAGGCCAAGGAUGAUGAUGUCACAGCUGCCCUGCUGCUGCUGAUUGCUGACCUGCUCAAUCUUUCCACAACUGUUGAGUUGGCGCCAGAGCAGCAGCGGGAGAAGAAGGAGAUUGGGGCGGAUGAGGCUCAGCAGAGGCUCUGGCGUUUUUGGAGGAGCGCGGAUGUGGCAAAGAGGCCCAGCGCUGCGCUGUUUGCAGAAUUUGCUCUGGCAUUGCUCCAGGCGGCUGAUGCCCAGCUCCUGUGCACUCUGCUCCCUGUCAGGCCGAUCUUUGCGGGACUUCUGCACAAUCUCGGGCAGUUUCCACCUGAGGCCGCUCUGUCAAUCCUCACCUCGCUGCAGGACAGGGUCCUGGGCAUGGGUGACGCAAUACCAGCAGACCUUCAAGCAGAGCCAUUCGGCGACACUGCAUUGUCCCAGAUAGCGGCAGUGGCUGCAUGGGAAGCGCCAGCCGAGGAAGAGGAGGCCUCCAGCAAUGCAGACCUUGUAAUACCAUGCGCUGGUGCUGCUCAGCAGAUGCUGCUAGAGCUGGGAACCAACCCUGCUCAUGGACUGGCUCCCGGUGGCGGCGACCAUGGCAGCUCCACUGAGAACAUUGGGGGAAGGAAAAGGCUGCAGCGAUUCCUGCAAGGGCUGCGAGUGACGACUGCCAAAGCGCACUACGAUCUGCUGCUGGCCAUGACAGCGGCGCAGCCCACGCUGGCGGCUGCAUACUCGGUCAACAACAGCCUCAGCCUGGAGCCAAGACCCAGCCUCAGGUGGUGGGCCGGCGUCUCUCUUGUGGGCAGUGUCAUCCAGCAAGCCUCUCAAGUGCCCCUGCCCUACGCGGAACAGGCGCGACGGGGAGAGAGGCCGCCCUCCAUGGACAGCGGGCUCGUCACUGGGCUUCUGAGGCGCUUGUUUCCUGCCUGCCUGCCCAAGGCGGCCCUCUCCAGAGGCAUUCAGCACAGCAGCCCCCUGGUGCGCUACGCCACGCUGUGCACGCUGCGCCAGAUACUUGAAGCACUCCACUUGGCGCUGGCGGCUGCGAGCGAAGCAGCUGAUGCAGCUAGGGGGCGCCUGCCCGACCUCCAACCGCUACUGGCUCUGCUCGCCACGCUGCAUGCUGACAUCCAGUCAACCCAGGACAAGCCCCCUCCUGUAGAGGUGGGCGAAGAAGGUAAUGCAGAUUUUGUGACGGCUGGCGGCAUGAGCAGUGCACAGAUGACACUUGUGCAGCUGCUGGCUGUGCUGCGCGGCUACCUGCGCUGCAUGCCCGAGACCUUUGCCGAAGCGCGCUUUGAUAUCUCCCGGCUUCUGCCAGAGGCACGUUCUAUCCUUCUUGACAUUUUGAGUCACCCGCCGAUUGUUCAGCAUGGCAUCCUGGGGCUAAUGGAGGCAGGAAGCUCUGUGCACAGCCCCAGCGAGGCAUCCCUGUCAACCGGACACGUCUCAUCUGCCGCUCUGACGCCCCUGCUGCGCCUGCUGUGCGGCUCAGAGCUUCCAGAGAUCACCGGCGCAGCCGAGGCAGUCUUGAGACAGCGCCUGGAGGAGGCAGUGGGCUUGGAGGACAGCCCUGCAGAGGUGCACCUGUGGCUGGAAAUGCUGCCCUCACGACUGGGCAGCCCUGAACAGAGCAGGUGCGCGGAUGCCGUGGCAGGCUUCCUGGCAGAGGCUGUGGCGCUGCUUUCGCGCAAGCCCCAGGAGUUCCACGAGGCCGAGCGAGCCAUCCUGUCUCCGCAGACAUCCACCGGCAAUGCCAUGCGGCACGGCCAGCACAGCCUGCUUGUGGUGGCGGCGUUGCGCCAGGCAGUGCGAGUGGCGGCUUCUACCAAGAUGCCCGCUGACGCGCGCACCGCCAUUGCCUGCUAUGUUGCCGGAGCCCUGGGGGCACUCUUGCGGGUCCAGGCACAUGCUGAGCCUCUGGUGCUCGUCAUCGUCGGAGUGAUCAGGGCAGAGGCAGCCCAGCUCAAGGCAAACCCGCCGAAUGCUCUUGCCGAAGCGGAUGGCGACGCUGCCAAGACACCUCGCAAGAAAAGAAAGCAUAAGGAGGACCGGUCUGAGGAGGCAGACGCGCAGCUGUCAGCAUACCUUGAGCAGAGCAUGAGCGCAAGAGCACUGGAGCCGCUGCAGCUGCAGACAGUACUGCUGUGUGCGCCAGCCGCGGCAGUGGCCGCCAAGGUCCUCAUCAGGGCGUGCCAGGCGCACUCGGUCCCUGUAUUGGGCAGGGAAUCUGCAGCCCAGCUGAUGUCGGGCGAUACCAUCAAAGGAGAUGAGUGGAGGGGCCUGGAGCGUCUGCUGGAUGCCAGCCCUGCCUCACUGUUGCUUCUCACUGCCACGUCACUGCCAGGAGAGGCGGAAGCAGUGCCUUUGCUCAAGCGGCUGCAUGAGCGAUUACUAACAGCAUCCCCACAACAGGCCAUAGUGCCUAUCUUGGCUGCAUUGGCCUGCGUCCCACAUGCCAGCAACCCUUCCACCUUGACGGCUCUCUUUGAGCUGGUCACUGCUGGCCUGAAGGCAGGUGUUGAGGGCAGCAUCCAUCCUGAUACACCCCCUGCUGUGCUUGCUGCAAUCCUGGGCCACCCUGCUUUGGCCCAGUACCUGACAGCGCGUAAGGACGCUCUUAAUCUGGAAUGGACAGCUGAGCGCGACAGACAAAUCACACGGCUCCUCUCGCAGUUGCUUUCUGGCAGCACUGCUCCUGGCAUCUCCAAGGACAUUGCUGACACCAUCCAGAGACUGACCAGGCCAUUCCUUGACAGGCUCUUUGCCACCUAUCGCAGCAGCAGUUCUUCAGAUGCCGCCGGAAGGGACAGUGGCUCGCUUGCGGCUGUGUUGAAGGCUGUGGCCGCUCUUGUGGCCAACGGCCAGUCUGCUGCCGCGGAGAGGUGCCUGGCAGAGGCGCUCUCUGUGCGCUUCUCACAGCCCAGCAUGAUCGCAUGGUACAUGACAGACAACGCAGCAGGCAUCCUGGAGCUCUGCGUUGCCCAGCCAAGCGACCUUCGCAGCCGGAUAGGAGCAACCCUGAUCGAUGCCCUGCCUCCAUGCAGAGCAGCGCUCGCCGAUCUUCUGCCUGCACGCCUACAAGCACAAGCAGAUGGGAAGGAGGCGUUGGCGCUGCUGCUUCCUCUGAUGUAUGCAUACCUGCGGCAUGCCAGCCAGGCACAGCAAGCGCCUGAACAGGACCCUGUUGUCCUCUCCUGCAAAGACCGCCUUCUUGCCUACAUGGUGUCAAAGCGGAAACCUGCUGGUGCGAGUGUAUCCGUCAGCCGAGGUGCAGCUGCCUCCCUGGACAGCUUUGCUGCGCCCGUCCUGCGGCAGUGCAUGAUCAUGUCACCGCCCAGUGAAUCUGCUGAUGCCGCCUCCCUCUUGCAGCGCUUGUGCCCUGCCGACGGCUGGCAGCCGACUCCAGUACAGACUGAGGCGCCAGCUGCAUUCAUGAUUGGGCCCCUGCCAGCCCAGCAAGCGGCCACUGCAGAGCUUCUGCUGCAUGGUGUCUUAAAGAUCGGUGUGAGCGAGGAGGUGGCUGCAGAGUGCAUUGUGCGCUUUGCUCAGGCUUGCACGGCGACGCUCGCCCGGGUCAUGAAGCCUCAAUCGGGUGACAAUGCGGCGUCAGAGCUCCGUGCGCAGCUGUCCGGCUACAUGGAUGGCGUGAUCAAGACCAGCAUUGCUGCACACCUGGGCGCGGUCAUGUCUGCAGAGGCAUUCCCUGCGCUGUGUGCUGCACUCAGCAAGCUUGCCCUGUCCAUCCUUCGGCACCGGUUCAGCGAUGCUGCAACAGUCUCACUUCUGCGGAGGCUCUGUGCUGCCUUCAUUCCCAGAGCUCGUGAUGAGGGCAUCUCAGGUGAAUUGAAGAGCAGCGAGGUUGCAAGGACGGCAGCCAAGCUCGCCGAGUUGCUGAUCUCGCACUCCCAGUUCGUGCCCAUGAUGCUCAGCAACCCGGGAGACUGCCCCCCUCCGCUGCCAAAGCUGGCUGCAAACCUGCAGCAGCCGCUGUCAUCAAUCCUGCCCCUUGUGGAGCUGGAUCCUGUGGACACUGGGAUGGUGACCUCAGACAAGGCUGAAGUUGUGGGGCUGCUGGAGACUCUACUGGAGCUGCACAGGCAUCAUUUGCCAGGCGCGCUGCCCUCAGCCCUCCAGGAGGGGGUGGGAGGGCUGGUGCCUGUCUUGCUCAGCGGCUACGGGGCGUCAUGCAGCGCUACAGACAGGGCCACACUUCUGCUGCUGCUGCUCAUUAACAGCUGCUUAUGUGAGGAGGAGAUUGCAGCGUCACCUGCUGAAGCCAUGGCUGUCUUGCACAUCACCACGCUCUUCUCGGGGCCUCUGGCAAAGGCAGGGUUCCUGUGGGGACCGGCAGCAAGGGCAGAGCACAAGGCUGCGUCAGACGCUGACGAAGCUGUGCAACCUUCAGCAAGUGCUGCUGGCUAUGACCCAGCUUUCCUCGUCCCCUUCACCUUGCAGGGGCUGAGGGAUGGCAGCAUUGGGUGCUUGGACAUGGCAAACUGGGGUCUCCUGUCCCUGCUCCUGCGCUGCCUAGCGUCCGCAGAUGACGCGCUCCGAGGCAUGGCCUAUGAGGCACUAGCGCUGUACGCCGACACCCUGGAGCGCUCAACCUUCAGGGAGAAGGCGCAGCUGGUGCUGUUGCUGCGUGCGCUGCGGCUGUCGGUGGAGCGCCCCUUCCAGCGGCUCCCCACGCUGACCGCGCUGUUUCUGUCCGAGGCCGCCUGCGCGCUGGCGCACCCGGCCGCCGACAUGUACCCCGCCCUCAACCGGCACCUGCUGCGGCGGGCCACGUUGGACAUCCAGGAUGCGCCCCUGCUGAAGCAGCUGCUGAGCAGCGGCGGGCAGGAGCAGGCAGCGGAGCGGCUGUGGCUGCUGCGGCUGCUGGCUGCAGGCUUCCGCAGCUCAGCAGAUGGGGAUAUCUUCAGGCGGCGCUUUGUGGCAGAGCUGCUGAUGAGCCUGCAUGACUCGCCGCUGGGGGACGCCGCGUUACAGGCGGUCGCCCUCAGGACGCUGUGUUCGGCUCCCCAGUGUGCGCCCACUUACGCGGCAGACCUGGUCCAACAUGCAGGUGUGGUUUUUUGGCUGGCAGCAGUUGCACAGGAGGCUGUUGCAAGGCAUGGCUCAGCAAAUGCCUCCGUCUUUCCCUCCUUGCUCCUGAGGGUUGUGUCAGCGCUGCGUGGCUUUCUGGCUGCCAAGGCGUGGAAGGCCAAGGGCCGCUCUGGGGGCCUUGGCAUCCUGGAUGCCUUUGCAAAAGCCGCAAGCUCUCUAUGCAGGACCCUAACAGGCAGCGCGAGUGCCUGCCGGGACAGCCAAGUUGUGGAGGGCGUCGUGGGCUUUGCUCUGGAUGUGCAGCAAGCAGCGCUCAGUGGGAGGUCCAGAGUUUCUCUGCCCACGUUCACCCUGCUGUCGUGGGCUGAUGCCAGAGCCCUGGUCCAUGCACUGGGGCCGCAGGCUGGGCAGAGCACGCUGGAGCUGCUUCUGCAAGUCAUGCUUGCACUGCCGCCACCUGAGACGGGUCUGGCUGGUGACUUUGGAGACGUGGCGGCAUGGAUGCAGGAUGCAUGUACUUGCCUGCUGUCCCCUGAAAAGAAAACUCAGCAGCCCACACAAGCAUUUACUGCAGAGCAGCUGUGGGCGGAGAAAGCGCCUCCAAGCCACCACUUGGUGGCGCGCACGCUCCUGUGGCUGUCCGUCUGUGUGGCGUCCGGUUCAAGGCUCAGGGACACCGGCCUGAGCACGGAUGCAGGCGUGUUCAGUACUGCGCAUGCGGCGGCGAUGCCAUCGGCUGUGCCGGCUGCGGACUGCUUUGGCAGGGCGCAGCGGCUGGUACAGCUCUACACUGCUAUGCACCCGCGCUUGCAGAAGGAGGUCAGGGGCCCAAUGGUGCUGCUGGCAGCGCAUGUUCUGCAGCCGGCUGCUGCCAUGCUGCUGGGAACGCCGCUGGACGGCAGAAAUGCUGCCGAUCAGGCCAUGCCUUUGGCUGAGAAGCGGCCGGAUCAGGAGCGAUGGUCCUUUCUGCUGGGAAAUACACUGCUGCGCGUGCUGGGCCAUCUGCCAGUGCCUGCUGCUGGGGCGGCAGAAUGGUGGUUCAGGGCUGCACGCCCAGAACAGCCCUCAGGACUGGGAUCUCAGCAGGAGCAUGGAGACGAGAGUGCCAGUGCAGCCGCAGAGCUGGGCAUGCCAUCAGGGAAGCGCAGUUUCUGCCCGCCCUUCACCUUUGCCGGACUCGUCUUGGAGGGGCAUUCACUUCUGGCAGCUAUGGCUGGACGGCAGCGCUGCAAUAGUGUAAUUGCAGCCGCGGCUGUGUGCCUGCUUAUCGGCCUUGUGGCUGCACAGCCUAGGCCCCCCCAGGGCGGCGGCCCUCGCGGCCCUGGAGGGGGAGGACCAAACCAAGGUGGUGGCCCAGGAGGGGGAGAGCUCCUCUCCGAGCCCUCCACCGCCGUCCCCAGAGUGGUCCCCCUCCCCCACCUGGACCCCCUCCCCAACAUGGACCCCCUCGCCCACGUCAUCCCGUUCAACAGCCAGAAGCAGAGCGCUGUCAUCUCCGGCGUUGCAAACCUGCUUGGGGACGGCAUCUUGCCCUCUGACAUCACCUUGACCCUCGUGAAGGACUCCUCCCAGUCGAGCUCUGGCAGCAGCGGGGGCCGCCGCCUGCUGCAGUUGCCGGGGCAGCCGCAGAUGCCCCUGCCCGGCCCCGGGCAGCCCGGGCAGCUCCCCGGGCAGCAGCGGCCGCAGCAGCAGCCGUCAGCGGUGGCCGCCAAUCCCAUGGCCUCCACACAGCAGGCCUCCACCACCGCAGCAGCUGCCGCAGCCCAGAACACAGCGGCACAGCAGGCGCAGCAGGCAGCACAGCAGACGGCACAGGUGGCGGCUGCAGGCGCGCUGGACAGCAGCACGUGGCAGGGGAGCGAGGCGGGAGUCGAGGUGCAGCUGCAGGUGAAGACGUCGGCGGCUGCCGCGCAGCUGCAGCUGGACCAUCUGCAGCGCGCAUCCAACAACAACGAGCUCAAGUCGCUGUUCUCCAACCAGGGCUUGCAGGCGCAAUCCCUGUCCAUUGUGGGCUCGGAGAUCCGGCAGAACUUUGAGCCGGCAGCGGCCGCUCCGGCAGUUAUGGCCAGCCCUGUGCCUCUCCCUGCACCCGUGGCUGCCCCCCCUGUGGCGGCAGCUACGGCCGUCGCGGCUGCCCCCCCUGUGGCGGCGGCUACGGCCGUUGCCACUGCCCCCGUCCAGUCAGCUGAGGCGGCUGCCGGUGGCGGCGCCCCCAUUGUGGCACCUGCAACCGCUCCUGGUCCUCUGGGAGCAACUUCGGACCCGAAGGUGGCAGGGUCUCUGGUGGAGUACAAGGACGGCAAAGUCAAUGGCAUCCCUGUCUGGGUCUGGAUCCUUGUGUCACUGCUGGUGGUGUCUGUUGUGCUCCUGGUCUCAGGCUAUUUCGCCUUCAGGUGGUGGAGGAAAUACCAGGCCGACAAGAAGCAGGCCGAGUACAUCACAAAGUACUUUGGGUCGGAGUCGGUGGUGAAGCCGUACAACCCUUACGCGGGCCGCAGCGAGAGCGUGGGAUACAGCGCGCGACUGGAGAGCUCCGGCCUGGACCGCGGCCUCAGUAGCAUGAGCGUCGCCGACGCCGGCCGCAUGGCCUCCCUCGGCCGCACCCCCUCCAUGAGGAGCACGCGGUCGAUGACAUCAGCGCGGGGAACGCCGUCGCGCGCCGGUUCGGUGACACCUGGCAGCACGCGGCGGCUGCAGAUGGCCAAGCCCAACCGCAGCGUGCUCAACACCGAGGCGCCGCCGCCGCUGGGCCGCAGAGAAAUCUACAUCUCUGAGACCCCCCGCCUGACCCACUUGAGGGAGUAG